AAGUUCGGAGGUAAAUUGAAAUUUUUCUUAACAAGGAAAAAAAGAAAAAAACUAAAGUCCACAGCGAACUACUGGGGCUUUCGUUUCCCCCUCCUCAUCAGCCAUCAGUUCUGUUUCUUUUUCCCGCCAUUUCAAGCCUCGCCUAAACCUUCGCUCUCUCUUUCACUCACACUUCCUUUUUCUCUUUCUCCACACUCUCUAAUCUCCGUACACCGGAGAAGAUGUUGUGGGUCGACAAGUAUCGUCCAAAAACCCUAGACCAGAUCACAGUUCACCAAGACGUAGCACAGAAUCUCAAGAAAUUGGUUAAUGAACAGGACUGCCCUCAUUUGCUCUUCUAUGGCCCCUCUGGUUCUGGGAAGAAAACCCUAGUCAUGGCCCUUAUCCGGCAGAUGUUCGGACCCAGUGCGGAGAAGGUGAAGGUGGAGAACAAAACGUGGAAAGUUGAUGCUGGAACCAGAACUAUUGAUAUAGAGCUGACAACCUUGUCAAGUGCCAACCAUGUGGAGCUCACUCCUAGUGAUGCAGGUUUCCAAGAUAGGUAUAUUGUUCAAGAGAUAAUCAAAGAAAUGGCAAAAAACAGACCAAUUGAUUCCAAAGGGAAAAGAGGACAUAAAGUUUUGGUUCUAAAUGAUGUUGACAAACUAUCAAGAGAAGCUCAGCACUCUCUUAGGAGAACAAUGGAGAAAUAUAGCUCGUACUGUAGGUUAAUUCUUUGCUGCAAUAGUUCAUCAAGAGUUACUGAAGCAAUCCGCUCUCGCUGCCUAAAUGUGCGGAUAAAUGGACCAACAGAGGAGCAGAUUGUCAAGGUUUUAGAGUUCAUUGGAAAGAAAGAAGGACUGCAACUUCCAUCUGGAUUUGCUUCCCGAAUUGCAGAAAAAUCAAGCCGGAGUUUGAGGAGAGCUAUACUAUCAUUUGAGACUUGUCGUGUUCAACAGUAUCCUUUUGUCGGUAACCAGGCAAUACCACCAAUGGAUUGGGAGGAGUACAUCACUGAGAUAGCAUCUGACAUAAUGAAGGAGCAGAGUCCCAAGAGAUUGUUCCAGGUUCGUGGGAAGUUAUAUGAGUUACUGGUGAAUUGUAUCCCUCCGGAGAUCAUAUUGAAGAGACUGCUUUAUGAGCUACUCAAGAAAUUGGAUGCUGAAUUAAAGCAUGAGGUCUGUCAUUGGGCUGCAUAUUAUGAACACAGGAUGCGUCUUGGACAGAAAGCCAUCUUCCACAUAGAAGCUUUUGUGGCGAAGUUCAUGAGCAUAUACAAGACUUUCCUCAUUUCAACAUUCGGCUAAAGAGAAGAAAAGUAGAGCCUGAAAUUAUUUCAUUCAGGAAAAGCAAUUGUAAGUUCAUAGAUCUGCUGUGACAUUGAAUCAAGUUAAUCUGAUGUAUUUAUUAUAUCUUCUUUAGUCAGUUUGGUAUGAUACUCUAGAUGUUCAUCCUCCUUUAGGUUUUCUCUAUUAGGGAACUUGAAGCUGCACUUUGAGGGAUUUGAACUGAAUCUUACAUGGGGAAAAAAUAUUUCCAGUCAUUUUGUAGCACUAAUAGAAAAGAGAGGCCAUGCUCCCAUCAUUGAUAA